GAACUUUUCCAGGCUGUUUGCGUCUGCAAAGAAUCACAAGUCAGAUCGCAAUAUUUAUCAUGAUCUAGGCUUGCUGUGAAACUGCCCUCAGAAUAGUAGUGUUUUAUUUUUCAAUCAGUCCGUACAGGAUUUUGGAGGGUUUUGUGAUUUUUUUUUUUUUCUUUGCGGCCAAAAAUGCUCGCAUUUGUAUUAUUUUUUUGUGCUUUUUUUUUUUUUUUGGAGGAAAACUACUUUGAAAUUGCAAUUGCACAAAAUUGUUUUGCACGGGAAUCAAAGAGGGCUCGAACUGAACGUGCCAUGUGAUGACGUCACACAAAAUCUAUGGACAAUUGUUUUGAAAAACAACAAGCUCCUUCAAAUAUAUCCUGCAGAGUCUGCUUGGUUUGGCAUUCAUUUCUGCAAGAGAAGCAAGAGGGGAAAAGACUGCUUCAAAACCAACUGUUUAAGCGACUAAUGACUUGUAUUCAGAAUGAGAAAGUUACUGAUUGAACCUAAAGCUGCAUUCUUGGGGUGACUCAUUGGAGGAGGCAUUUGAGCAGUGUGCCAUGGCCAUGUUUGGCUAUAUGACCGAUACGGAGACAGUGGAGCCCAUCGAUACUAUAGAAAUCGAAUCAGAAGGUGAUGAUCUGGAAUCACUUCUCUUUCAUUUCCUAGAUGACUGGCUCUUCAAGUUCAGCGCAGACGCCUUUUUCGUCCCUCGGGAGGUUAAAGUGUUGCACUUGGAUCGGAUGCGCUUCACAAUACGGUCUAUCGGUUGGGGUGAGGAGUUCAACUUGGCAAAACAUCCACAAGGCACAGAAGUGAAAGCCAUUACCUACUCGGCUAUGCAGAUAUGCGACAAAGAGAAGCCAGAGAUCUUCGCCAUCAUCGAUAUAUGAGAAAGAGGUUCUCUCUGACGAGCUCGUGUCAAUCACGUCGCACAAACUUUUUUUUUUUUUAAUGCUAGAAACUGAAUGCAUACUGUUGUGCUUUAUAUGUUUUGACUGGCGAAAGCACCAAAGCACUGAAGAGAUGAUCCACGUCAUAUUGGGGAUUUUAUUAAAGGUGUAGUUUCCUUGAAACCCUCUGUUUUUACUCCAGUACAAAAUCAAAACAAACCUUGUAUCCAUUUUUUUUUUUUUUUUAAAUCUACAAAGGGUAUCCAUUAGAAACCACCUACAAACAAAGGAGAACUAUGAUGUUUGCAACAAUUUCAUCAUUUAUAAUGAUUAUAAAACAGACUUUGUAUUGAUUGUAUAGAGCUUUUUUUGUUUUGUAAUGUUCCUAUUUUUUUAUAAUAUAGUAUAAGUACAGCUUAUAAUUCAGUAACAUGUAGAACCACCUUUAGCAACAAUAACUUGAAGUAAACGUUUUCUGUAGUAGUUUAUCAGUCUCAUUAACGAGGGUGUACUUUCUUAAGCUAUAUACCCACAAAUGAGAGCAACUUUUCAGAUUAGUUUAGUCUAAUAUUGUGUACUUGGUCCGAUUUUUUUUUUUUAAUCCAAAAAAAAUUGUAGGUUUGAAGUUUUGUGUAUUGGAUAUCUAGCUUUCAAAAAGUGGAAGACUAUAAAUUUGGGUAUCAGGCCAGUUUGCUUUAAAGAUUAUCACAUCAUUUCCAGUACAUUCCAGUUCUGUGUGUGUGUG